AUGUUUGAUUUAAAACAGAUUCGUAGAGCAAGUAACCAAUUGUACUCUGACAUAAUAGCAGAGUUCUCAGAAACGCGUGGCAAAUACGAUAAUGACAGCAAAACAUUCCAAGAACUAAACCAAUGGAGACUACAAGAACUACCAGAAACACUAGCACAAAGACUCGAAGAUACCAAGUCAAUCUGGUUGACUAAGGACGAAUUGGUCUUGUUGAUGGAUUGGAAAUUGGCCAACGGGAAAUUCAGAGCAACCUUACCCAAAUUGAUUAGAUCAAAUGAUGAACUGACUGUAGAAGCAGUAACAAAGCAAGGAUUUCAAAUAUGGUUAACAUUUAGGAGAACAACAGGAACUAAUGACUUAUGGGAUGAUUUUGCUUACAAAGGCAUGAUAAAGUCUUCAUUCAAGAAGUUGUGCGAAUUGAGAGGGGUAGGUCCAGCCACGGCCAGUUUGAUUUUGAGUCUUAUCCAUAAAAUAGACAAGAAAUGGGCCCCACCAUACUUUAGUGAUGAAAGUUUCUUAUAUUAUGUAAACCCUGAAGACAAGAUAAAGUAUACAGUCAAGGAAUAUCUCGAUCUUUUCUUACCAGCUUUUCUUGUUUUACACGUUCAAGAUUCUGAUGUGUCCAUGGAUGAAUUAGAACGUGGUGCUUGGGCUUUAAAGAUGUAUGAACUACACAAAGAUGACACCUUGGCAAAUGUUAAGCCAGCCGAAGAAGAUGCCCCAGAAGCUAAAGCCAUAGAAGAGAAUGGAACAAAGAAAAGAUCCAGAGGUCUGAUUAAAAAAGAACUCGAAUCAGAGGAAACAGAGAUUACUGAACAGGAGGCCAAACCCAAAAGAGCAAGAGCUACCAAAGCCGCCUAUAAAGCCGAAAGUUUGUCGAAAGCUCCAAAAUCUACAAAAGCUGCCAGUACAAGAAAUGCUAAAAAAGCUGCCAAAGCUGAAGGAAUAGCAAAAGCUACAAAAGUCAAAUCAAAAACUUCAAUCAAAUCAGAAGAACCCAAACCUAAACGUACAAGAAAAAAGUAA